AGGCUGGGGAAAACAUGACUGUAAUCACAAGGAGGAUGUAGGAGUCGUGUGCUCAGAGUUUAAAGAAAUCAGGUUAACUGAGGGCUGUGAAGGGAAUGUGGAGGUUUUCUACAAUGGAUCCUGGGGAAAUGUGUGUUACAACAAGAUGGACAGAGACACAGUGAGUCUGAUCUGUCAAGAGCUGAACUGUGGAAGAUCUGGUGUUUUGUCUGAUUCUACAUCAAGAGUGAAAUCAGCUCCUAACUGGCUGGAUAAAGUUACAUGUCGACCACAUGAUUCCUCUUUAUGGCAGUGUCCAUCUUCAUUUUGGGGACAAAAUAACUGUGGUGAUGAUGAUGUGGCCAAAAUCAUUUGUUCAGAACAGGAGAGUCAUGAGUCUCCUCGAAGCUCUCUGACAUGCUCCACAUCUCCCCAUCAGAGACACUGUUCAGAUCAUGUUCCUCUCAGACUGAGUGAAGGGGACAGCCGGUGCUCUGGGAGGCUGGAGGUGUAUCAUAACGCUGUGUGGGGCUCAGUCUGUGAUGAUCAGUGGGACAUCAGCGAUGCUCAGGUGGUCUGCAGGCAGCUGGGUUGUGGAGCAGCACUGAGGGCUGAUGGGAAUUCAGACUUUGGUGCUGGUGAAGGUGUUGUGUGGAUGAACAGAGUCGAGUGCAGAGGGAAUGAGAUUCACCUGUGGGACUGUCCUCUCUCCCUGAAAAACCACACUGACUGCUCCCACAAAGAGCACGCUGGACUCACCUGUGCAGAUUUGUCAGUGUCCACUACUUCUGCCACAACAGCAUCAGUUUCUCCUCCAGUUUCUCCUCCAGUGCGCUCAACAUCAGUCUCUCCUCCACAAACUCCUCCAGCAGCGUCUCUCUCC